GCCGUAAACACGGGCUGCUGUGCCUUUAAGAGUUAAUAGGUAUCGAAACUGAAAAACUGAAACACACACACACACACACACACACCACACACAUAUACGCAGAAGCCUUGGCGGUGUCAAUGUGCGCGCGAUGAAUUUAUUCGCCAUGGUUCUGUUUAAACUCUUCGUGCUGCUUUACUGCCUGAGUGACUCAGUGGGUCAGUAUGAGAAUCGCCUGAACAAGUACAUUCGGCACUACGAGGGUUUGUCCUACGACACAAACAUCCUUCACAGCAAACACCAGAGAGCUAAAAGGGCUGUGUCUCACGAGGACAAGUUCGUCCAUCUGGAGUUCCACGCUCAUGGCAGACAUUUUAACCUGCGGAUGAAGAGGGACACAUCUCUGUUCGCCCCAGACCUGAAGGUGGAGAUCUCUGGAGAGGAGACGCCGAUCGACAUCUCGCAUAUUUACAGUGGAGAGCUCUUUGGAGAGAAGGACACUCUGACUCAUGGUUCAAUUGUGGAUGGGAAGUUUGAGGGCUUCAUUCAGAGUCAUGCGGGCACGUAUUAUGUGGAACCGGCUGAGCGAUACCUCCGAGAGCAAAACGUACCCUAUCACUCUGUCAUCUACCAUGAGGACGACAUCGAUUACCCUCACAAGUACGGUCGAGAGGGAGGCUGUGCAGAUCACUCUGUCUUUGAGAAGAUGAAGAAGUACCAGGCGUCUGCUGUGGAGACUCCCCGUGAGGAAAAGAACAGACAGCAUGCAGUGGACGAGGAGGAGCAGACUGAUGAGCCUGUGAUCCUGAGGAAGCGCCGAGCCGCUCAGGCUGAGAAAAACACUUGCCAGCUCUUCAUCCAAACAGACCACCUCUUCUUCCAAUACUACCGUACUAGAGAGGCUGUCAUAGCUCAGAUCUCCGGUCACGUGAAGGCCAUCAACUCAAUCUAUCAGUCGACAGACUUCCAGGGCAUCCGCAACAUCAGCUUUAUGGUCAAGAGGAUCAGGAUUAACACCACAAGUGACGAGACAGACAGAACGAACCCGUUCCGUUUCGCCAACAUCGGUGUAGAGAAGUUUCUAGAACUGAAUUCAGAACAGAAUCAUGAUGAAUUCUGCCUGGCUUACGUCUUCACGGACAGAGACUUUGAUGACGGGGUUCUGGGACUAGCCUGGGUUGGAGCUCCCUCAGGAAGCUCUGGUGGGAUUUGUGAGAAGAGUAAGCUCUACUCAGAUGGCAAGAGGAAGUCUCUCAACACUGGCAUCAUCACCGUUCAGAACUACGGCAGCCACGUUCCCCCUAAAGUGUCCCACAUCACCUUCGCCCAUGAGGUUGGACAUAACUUCGGCUCCCCUCAUGACUCUGGCAGUGAGUGUACUCCUGGAGAGUCGAAGACCUCCGACAUGAAGGAGCGAGGCAACUACAUCAUGUAUGCCAGAGCCACGUCCGGAGACAAGUUAAACAACAACAAGUUCUCCAUCUGCAGCAUCCGCAACAUCACCCAGGUGUUGGAUAAGAAGAGAGCCAUGUGUUUCGUCGAGUCUGGGCAGCCCAUCUGUGGAAACGGUUUGGUGGAGGCUGGAGAAGCGUGUGAUUGUGGCUACAGUGAUCAGUGUAAAGACACUUGCUGCCACAGCGCCAAUGAGCCAGAUGGCAAGAAGUGCACACUGAAGCCUGGGGCCAAGUGCAGUCCCAGUCAGGGCCCGUGCUGUACAGCUCAGUGCGACUUUAAGGGCCGUGAUGAGAAGUGUAGGAACGAGUCUGAUUGUGCUCUUCAGGGCAUGUGCAGUGGUAAUACAGCACAGUGUCCCACCUCUACACCAAAGGACAACUUAACAGCGUGCCAUGGAGACACACAAGUCUGCAUCAAUGGGGCCUGCACUGGCUCUAUCUGUGAGCGUUAUGGGCUGGAGGUGUGCACGUGCGGCAGUGAAGAUGGGAAGGAUGACACAGAGUUGUGCCAUGUUUGCUGCAUGAAGAAGAAUCAGCCCAACACAUGCAGAAGUACAGGCUCUGAUGAAUGGGCAGAGUUCUUCAAAAAGAAGGUUCGCACCCUGCAGCCCGGAUCACCCUGUAAUGACUUUAAAGGCUACUGUGACGUAUUUAUGAAGUGCAGGCUGGUGGACGCUGACGGGCCACUGGCCAGACUCAAGAAGGCUAUCUUUAACCCUGAGCUUUACGAGAGCAUUGCUGAGUGGAUAGUGGUGUAUUGGUGGGCUGUGCUGUUGAUGGGUAUCGCUCUCAUCAUGUUGAUGGCUGGAUUCAUUAAGAUCUGCAGUGUUCACACGCCAAGCAGCAACCCCAAACUACCCCCACCAAAACCACUGCCAGGUACGUUGAAGAGGAGGAGAGCUCAGGCUGCGAGUUCUCAGACCCAGCCACAGGUUGUACACCAUCGCCAGCCCAGAGAGGCCUAUCAGAUGGGUCAGAUGCGCCGCUGAGCUCCGCACUCUGCCUUGGUUCUUCCUAGUGCCUACAACAGGAAACACUUUACUCCAAAGAGUUACUGAACCAAUCAAUUAACCCCAUCCACAGACUUAAAGAACUGACAAAAGGAAAAGGAUCUCCCAUAGCAAACUUCAAACAAACUGCUCUAUAAAGCAGUGAUGCUGUCCUCACACUGAAGAAAGAGCAGAUGAGGAGAAGAGCCAAUCACUUCUUUGUGAUCUUAUGAGGAUAUAAUUUUUUUUUUCACCCCUCCUUUUCUUGGGCAUCUCUCUUUAAGCGGAGUGCUUCAAGGUUCUUGUCUCUGUCCACAUUUAAUUCUCUUUUUUUUCCUCCACCCAUAUUUUCCCCAAACACUGCCAUCCUGCUCGAAGUGACAUGAUGGGGAAGUGCAGAGGUUCUGUGGUCUUGCAUGGCAAGGCUGGGCGAGCAAGAGCUCCUUCUGCAUAGACUCUUUUGCCAAUGUUAUUAAAAUAUCCUAAAUGAAAAGUGGAAGUAUACUAAAUGCAAGGUUUUUAAAGUUCAUAUUCUCUCUCUUUCUCUCUUUUCAGUUGUACAGUUUUUCACAAAAUGUUUUUUUUUCUUGGUGCAUCUUAUGAUUGUAUUUUUUUUUCUGAUGAAUACAAGUUAUUUACUAUUUUGAUUGACACUCAGGACAAAUUAAAAAGCCUAAAGCAUUGUGUGUCAGAGGGGUGAAUGGAAAAUGCCUGAUGAUUCUUGGUGAUGUGGGUUUUUUUUUUCAUCUUUUAAUCUUGCGCUGCACGUUCCUGUUUUGUUCUGUGAUCAAGACUGAGUAUUCUUGUUGUUUCAUCCUAAUCUCAUGCACUGCUUGCAUUUGAAGAGUUGCGUAAUUUAGACUGCGUGAAACUUAAAAAUCCUGAGAAAGGGAGCAAGAGAGAAAAUUAUUGUUACGAUGUUACAAAAAAAGAUUGUGUUACCUUUUGGUGAAUGGCCUUAUUUUACAUACAUUCAGCUGUGAAAGAUUGUGAAAAGUGUGCUGUGCAGGUUUUUUCUCAUGUCGUAUUUGUGAGUGUUGAGUUCAGGUCAGCUAUCAGAUCUACCACUGUCAGAUGUUUUACAACUGCUUAGAAAUUUCCUGUGGUCCUAUGGUCAAAAUCUUUGUUGCUCUGAGAACAGCCACUAAUACAGAGACCUGUUGGGAGAAUUUUGGACUUGAGGAAAGCUAGGAGGACUUUUUAAGUACAUGUUGUGGUUUCUACAUCCCCACUUUCCAUAUCAAAGUGAAUACAGAAAGUUCAUUCAGGAAAUAAACCAAUCAGGAUGUGUAAACCACAUGUUAUUAGUGGAACUGUAUUUAAAAUGUAGUUUUCUUAGAUUUUCUUAAAUUUGUUUGUGGUGGAAAAGCACUGGCUGGGACACCUCUUUGGCAUAGAAGGGCUAUAACUAUUUCAGAUUUUCUUAUUCUGUCCCACCCCUACUGUACAUGAUGAGCAAAAACCAUCACAAAUUUCUUCUUAUGGAAGAAACGUAUAAAUGUGAAUUUAUUUCUGUAUUACAGUACCUGCAGUCUAACCCUUAUUCUGUAGAUCAUGUGCAGAAUCUGUAACCACUUUCUACUGUGCCUGAUGAGCAGCGGGACAAAUUUGUUCCAGCCUCCUACAGGGUCAUAUACACAUCUGCUGCGUUGAUUUUCUGAAGUGCUCAUUUGAAAAGAAAAUACUCAGCUCAGAGAGGGCGGACUGUCAGGCAGUAAUUAAAGCGGCGCUAAUUUUACUGUUUUUUUUUGCUGAUGCAAACCUUCUGUACCAAAAUAAAAUCACAUUAUAUUCUGUCCAUAAAAAACAUGGCCUUUGCAGUACAAAUUUAAAACAAAAUAGAAGAUAAUCUAAUAAAACACUUUUCCUUGCGGAACUUCUGUUUGUCCAUAUAAUGCACUUGUCAACUAUAUUCAAUAUUUUUCAUGAUUUAGAGCUCUCGUGAAAAGAGCAUUGUAGCAGCUCACUCACAGAUCCAGCGCCCUCCAAGGUCCUCCCUUAAGGCAUGUUUUAUUAGUGGACAGGCCAAGUCAUCGGUCCUUCAUUAGGAAGGUGAGGUAUGCUCUUAUUCUUCUCGUCAAGUGUUGCUGAACAGUGGUUGGUGGUAGUGUUUUGCCUGAACUUAGAGGCUCUGAUCUUACCUAAUCAUUCUUGUUCUUCUGUGGUAAAGUGGUGUGGAUGGGGUUUUGGGGGCAGGGAAGACUUUUAAUUCAAAUGUCUUUUAUUUCAGGUCUUGCUUUAAAAGUAUAAAAGGAGUGUGCACUGAUACGGAUGCAAAAUGUGUGGAAUUUGAAAGAUGGAGAAAUAUGUCUAAUACUACUGUUUGAUUUUAAUGGCCGCUGUGUUUUAUACAGUACCCUUUCUUUUUUUUUUUUCUUUUUCAUAAUUCAGAUUUUUUUUUCUUUUCCUUUCCUUUCCUUUUCGCUCAAUUUGAAAACUUUUUACUAAAAAUGCAAAAAGUAUUGUGCAAAGAUAUGUAAUUUUUUGAAGUACUUGAAAUGCAUUAAUAAAAAUAGAUUUGGUCAA